AUGAUCACGAACAUCUCACCGUCUUCAUACAAUCUCACACUUUCUCUUAACAUAUCCUCUAUUCUCACUUUUCCGUCUCGUCUUCUCGCCAGGAUGCGGAAGAUGGACGGCGUGCUCGCCUUGCCACACAAUGCCGACGAUGUCAUUACAUCCAGUACAUUCACCUCGCUGCAGGAGGCGAUGAGCGCGACACCCCUGCCGUCGGUGAACAAGCAGCAGAUGCUGGUCCGACAACGCCCGGACUUCCAGCCAUUUCCUGGACCGUGGGGUUUCUUCACCUCCGGCUACGCCGCUGGGCUCCUCGUAAUGGCGAUCUUAUUGCACCGUAUACAAAAUGUCGUCGUUCCACCUCGUUCUUCUGAACUGCACCAACUUCAUCGAGGCCGUCAUAAUGACCAUCAACACGGCGACUCUAAUAUCUCGUAUGGUCACUAUAUGCUGCGUCGCAUAUAUUCUCGCGUCUUGCCUUUGGAUCUAUCUCGCACGUCUACUCGACUAGCCGCACAUCUCCCCUCGCUAUAUGUUCUGUUGAGAAUGCUCUUGCUCUGGACCCUUGUCCUCUUGCAGACCGCUGAUGUGCUCAAUUUGCCGCACAACGGUGAAAUUAAACAACCACCGGCCGGUACCACGGGCUGGCAGGCUAUAUUUGACUUCAACAGCUGGUUGUGGGUACAAAAUUUGGUAGUGUGGAGUAGUGCCAUGGAAAUGGAGACCAUAUGCUGGCGGACGUUCUGUUCGGUAUGUGCUGCCUUCUGUGUUGAAGCUCUGGUCAAAGGGUUAGACGGUGCUGGAGUCGGUCUUACUGCACAUAUGAACGCAAACACGUCCCCUUUCAAUCUGGUUGGCUACGCGUUUUUGCUUCACAUUUAUUCGUCCCCGAUCACCCAUGUGAACAAAUACGAUGGCCUACCGUCACGACCAGACAAGCAUGUAGUUGUGACUAUUGCCAUACCACUGCUGCAGCUUACCAUAUUCCACAUCCUUUCCAUUAAUAAACGUUGGGCACACCAUCGACUGCUCCCGACGGCGUUAUCGUCUUGCCUGUCACUCACGCAUUUCCAUCUAACUCUAUGGUCGCACCCUUCGCCGUUCUCUCCGCCAGACAAGACCUCUACACCGCCGUCAAUCACUUCGUACCCUCUCUUGAACUACAUUCCGAAUAUCUUUGAGAGUCUCUUGUUGGCGACUAGCCUGCUUACUAUCACCCUUAAUGCGAUAACCCAACUUCUUCUGACUGGGCACAUCGACCGCCCUCUUGUUGGGCUAGGCCUCAAUUCGGGUUUGGGAUCUUCAAAUGGAGGAUGGUCUUGGAGCCCGCCAUGGGAAGAAGACUUCAGUGUAUUAUUACUUCGAGUGGGCACUGCGUCCCUUGAAGCUACAGGUUUGAGAGGAUUGGGAAAUGAAGUUUCCGGGGUACAUGCACGCGCGGUUGCCGCCAAUGGGACAGUUGAAAGCGAAAAUUACGGCAGCGUGGGACUCGGUAGGAUGGGUGUGGUCUGGAUGCAACCCGGGACCAGCAAGAACGACGGACCAACACACAAAUUGGAAGGUUUGCGACGGAGACGCGUUGGUACUGCGCGACAAGAUCGCUCACGAAUAGACACGCAUCGUGGACUUUCUAACGAAAUACGAUCCGUUCACAGCGCUCCCGGAUCAGGCCCUACAUCUGGUUCUGAACCAUCAUCCUGGUGGGUGCCGGGGAUAGGCCUGGGAGCUGGUGGCGUUGGGGGUGAUUGGCGAUGGUACGCAGAGCUGCUACGGUUUGUGCGAGGUGUUUGGGAUGUAGUGAAGGGUAGCGUUUUGUUGGCAUGGGCGAUGGUACGGCGCAGGAAAGUGACGAGAUCAACACCUCGCGACCAACGCUCGGAUAUGGGUGUAUCGGAAGGUUCUGAUUUACGUCAAUCGCGACAUGCUGCCAUAACUGAAGACUUCGAUACAUGGGAGUCGGAUGUUUACGCGCAAUUCUUGAGAGGGGAUGUUGAAGACGACGACGACGCUGAAUGGGAAGGAUCAUCCGACGAUGGCAUGAUAUCAGAAGGUGAACCAGAAAGCAAUGAACUCGAAGACCCGUUUUCGAGGGAAGGUUCUGUGGACCCCGGACUAGAAACCAUGUCGCUUUACUCAGAUUGGGCAGCGCUUCAGCAUCCUUUUGGUCAACGAAAGAGCAGCCCUUUACCGCCUGCAGCGUCUGAACGCGAAUCGUCGCCGGUAACGUCUACCUCGGCUGAAACAGCACCAGUGCUGCUCGCACAUAUGACUCAUGCUGGUUCGAGUCCCCUUACAAGGCGAGCGUAUACCAAUUUGGUUCGCGGCGUUGGUUCUCCCUCCGAUCCUCCAACACCAACGAGUCGGUUGAACAAUCGCCCUCCGCCAGAUACCGACGAUUCGCGAAGAAACUGUGUUAUAUGUACCGUCGAACCCCGACAAAUAAUUUGCUGGCCGUGCCGAUGCUUGGCCAUGUGUGACGACUGCAGGGAAAGCAUGGCGUCGCGGUCGGCUGCUUCGAAACAUCGAUGUCCGUGCUGUCGCAGAACAGUGGAAGGCUACUCCCGCAUCUUCAUCCCUUGA